CACAUGUGCUGCAGCUCGAAUUGCAGCUGUCGAAAACAAACGUGCUUCAGGAAAAAGAAGCAUUUUACUUUCAUAUUCAGUACACCGUUCUCACAGAUAGACACAGGUUUCUGUUUUUCUUCACUCUGCUCGUUUGCUGCCUAAGGCUUUACAAAAUGUCUGGAGAAGACAAUGCCAUUGACUAUGAUACAAUCAUUAAAGAACUUAAAAUCAUACAACCAAAAAAUGUAUCAGAAAAUACAACCAAGCAGUACCAACAAGAGAUCAGGAUGACCUACUUAAUUAUGUAUUCUAUUGUCCUCAUCCUUGGUGUCACCCUCAACUUCAUCGUCAUUGUCAUCAGCUGCCUGAAAAACAAGAAUUCUCCAAAGGUUGCCACUUGGAUUAUGGCGUUGGCUUCAACACACUUAGUCUCCAGCAUAUCUAUUGUUUUUCAGCUCAUGUAUGCUUACAAUAACUUCAUAUGGAAUUACGGAAGUGCAAGCUGCAAGCUGUCAUCAUAUAUCAGCUACAGCAGUAUGUUCUCCACGGCAGCCAUGCUGAGUCUCUGGAGCAUUAGUUCUACUUUUUCAAACGGCGGGUGCACAAAAAAGUGCAAGAAUUAUAACCUGAUUCUGAUUUCAAUUUCCUGGACCAUUGCAGCAGUCUUGGCUUGUCCUUCGCUGCUUUCCAGAGAGGUCCGAUUUUCUCAGUGCAUUGAUGAUUAUGACUUGGACAAAUCAAAAUCAACUCAAGACGGCAUUACAAGGCUGAAGGCUGUCGUUGUCAUGCGAUUUCUCAUCGGGCUUCUCGUACCAGCUUUGAUAAUGUUUCUAAGCUGUUUGGCAUCAGCUCAAAGAAACUGUCAAUACUGCAAGAAGCAGGCACAGAUAAUCUGCGCUAUAAAGAUUGCCUACUUUGUGUUCUGGGGCCCUCAAAUCGUCUUAACCAUGCUUCAAGCCACUGUAAACAACAGCUUGGGUCCAAAUAUGUCGAGAUAUGGACUUCCAGCAGCUACUGCACUGGCCACAGCCCACUGUUUUAGCAGCCCGCUCAUCUAUCUGUUACUGGGAUGCAGCAUUAAAAUGAAUUGGAUGGCGCAUGACCCAGAUCAUGGAAUGGAGGAUUAUCAGGGGAUCAAGUUGCAAAUGAGCCAGAAGGUCUGUCUGUGUGAAGGUUUUCAUAAGUGAAUUGGAGACACUAACUUGUCUGUGAAGUGAAUGAGAGUGAGAGUUUCCCCUAUGAUGGACUGGUCAUCCGUCCAGUGUUUCCUCCACUCGUGGCCCGAGAGACUCUGGGAUAGGCUCCAGCAUCCCUGCGACCCUACAGAGGAUAAGCAAGAAUGGAUGGAUGACCCAGAUCACAACAAUGAACAGCUCAUCCACAAAAAUGCAUGCCAGUAAUUUCUGUAUGCAAACUGAAAAGUGGACUGUUUCUUUUAACUCCUAAUCCGAACUCCAAACUCUCAAAACUAAGAUUAUUCUGAAUAUUGGUCCUGUUUGGUCCAGUUUCAUGCUUUGCUUCAAGUUAUAUGCUGCUUUUGUUGAAAAACUGCAUCACAUGUAUACACUUACCAAACUCAUAACCUUCACAUUGCUAGAAUAAGCAUUGCUACAGAAACACUAUCUAUAUCCUGUUGUAUAAGAAUAUCAACCUCAUAUAGAGGACCAUUUGAAGCCAUUUUUUAUUGAUGGUGUGUCGUAAUAUUGUUGCUGUUUUGUCAUAAUACUGUAAUGUUUCCUUUAUUAUAAGAAUA